AACUUGGUUCCAGAAAUUUUCGUUUAUGUUCAGAAAGCUACGGCCGGACCUGUUCUUCCCUUCCAUUGCUCUCGAACGUAGCUCUCUAAUUGAAUUUGGUGUUGCAAUCUGAAGGUUUAAAGAGCUCGGACUGAGUCACAACCUACAAGAGUUUCCGGGCUUCAAUCGUUCGGCUCGAAAUUAAGCAAAAAACUGAAUUGCUGGCAAAAAAAUUUCUCUCGCAAUGUCUAAAGACUUACGAAUUUUGCUUGUUGGAAAUGGUGGCCGUGAGCACGCGUUGGCGUGGAAGCUCUCGCAGUCGCCUUUGGUUGAGCAAAUUUAUGUAUGUCCGGGUAAUGGCGGCACUGCGGGACUGCUUAAAACACAAAAUUUGGACUCCGUGUCCGCUUCAGACUUUGCUGGUCUUGCAGAUUUUGCCGUGAAACAGAAAAUUCAACUGCUUGUGCCCGGCCCUGAGCAACCUUUGGUAGACGGUAUCACCGACUACUUUGCAAAGCAUGCUAGCUCAGUCAAAUGCUUCGGUCCUUCGGAGAAAGCGGCGGUUAUGGAAGGUAGCAAGACUUUCUCGAAGGAUUUUAUGAAGCGACAUGAUAUCCCUACCGCUGCGUAUGAGAACUUCUCGUCCUAUGACAAGGCAAAGGCAUAUCUCGAUUCGGUCUGGGAGAAACAUCCCAUCGUGAUCAAAGCGGAUGGACUCGCCGCAGGGAAAGGCGUGAUCAUUCCCACGUCGAAGGAGGAAGCUCAGACCGCAUUGUGGGAGAUCAUGAUGGACAGGCAAUUUGGAGACGCCGGAAGCGAAGUUGUCAUCGAAGAGUUCCUUGACGGCCAUGAGAUCAGCAUUCUCAGUUUUUGUGACGGCAAGACAAUCAAGUCUUUACCGCCAGCACAAGAUCACAAGCGGAUCUUCGACAACGACAAAGGCCCAAAUACCGGCGGUAUGGGAACGUAUGCUCCAGCUCCACAAAAAAUCGUCAGCAAAGAAUCGUUGGACGAGAUUGAAAGGUUGGUGCUGAAGCCAACGAUACAAGGUAUGGCGAGCGAAGGCUUCCCCUUCGUCGGCUGCCUCUUCACGGGCUUCAUGAUGACCAAGGACGGCCCUCGUGUUUUGGAAUACAACGUGCGGUUUGGCGAUCCUGAAACGCAAUCACUUCUACCACUUCUCGACAGCGACCUCGCGGAAAUCAUGCUAGCUUGUAGCGAGGGUCGACUAUCCCAAGUUGAGCUGAGAAUAGCAAACAAGAGUGCGGCAACAGUUGUUAUGGCUGCUGCUGGCUACCCGGGCUCCUACCAAAAGGGUACGGAGAUAAUUCUGUCGCCUACUCCAGACGACGUCUUCAUCUUCCACGCCGGCACUACGCUGUCAGACGAUGGAAAACUGAAGACGUCGGGCGGGCGUGUGAUAGCGUCGAGCGCAGUAGCUGACACAUUGGAGGCAGCUGUGCGCAAAGCAUAUGAAGGCGUGAACUCAGUGAAGUUCGAAGGUAUGCAAUACAGGCGAGAUAUAGGCGCGAGAGCGUUUCGUUGAGUAUUGACAAAGCUGCGGGGUUUCAAACCGCAGGAUGAAGACAUCAGGAAUGGAAACAUCAAGAAAUAUCUUAUGUUUACAGCCAAAACCCCAGUUUCGAUUCACAUGCCUUUGCUCGAUCUUCUGUAAGAACUUCC